AUGGCCGACGACGCGACAGCAAGCGCAACUGCGCAGGACCCAAGUCUCACUGGUGAAGGUGCCACAGACACCAAUGCGCUCGAUCAAGAUACCAGCAUGCUCGAAGACGCACCCGGCAAGGAGUCUUCCAACGAUCCCGCGACUGCCACGCCCACAGCCGCAUCAGAUAACCCCCUAGACGCACCCGAUGGCCCAAGACCGGAGGCGGAAGACGCUGAUGGCCAAGAUGACGAAGAGAUGGGCGGUGUCGACGAUGCGAAAAAGGAGAACGGCGAGGGCGCUGAAGCUGCUGACCCAGAGGCGCAAGCAAAAGCCGACUUGCAGUCAGCGGCGCGUUCACACUUUGUGACCCAGACAUAUGCGACCAUCAUCCCGAGCUACGCAACCUGGUUCGACAUGCGCUACAUCGACUACCGCGAGCGCAAAGCCCUACCCGAGUUCUUCAACGGUCGCAACCGCAGCAAGACACCCGCCGUCUACCGCGAUUACCGCGAUUUCAUGAUCAACACAUACCGCCUGAACCCAUCCGAGUACCUCACAGUUACCGCAUGCCGAAGGAAUCUUGCAGGAGACGUCUGUGCUAUCAUGCGCGUACACGCUUUCCUCGAGCAGUGGGGAUUGAUCAACUACCAAGUCGACCCUCAAGAACGCCCAUCCAACAUUGGUCCUCCAUUCACCGGCCAUUUCCGUGUUACCGUCGAUACGCCUCGCGGACUGCAACCGUUCCAGCCAGGACCAGGCUCAAAAGUCACAGACGGAAAGCAGCUCACAGCCACCGAUCGCGCUGCGAGCCAGCAACCGACUGCGAAGAGCGAGACCAAGUCUUUGGCUGGACGAAACAUCUACGAGGCCAAUGGCAAAGAAGCAUCCGUGGAGCCAAAAGCUGCUAAUGGCGAAGGUGCCGCCAACGGCUCGGUAGACGUCAAGGAUCUCGAAGCCGCUGCAAAGGAGCCAACCAAGGUCAUCAACUGCUUCAGUUGCGGCGUCGAAUGUACCCGUGUACAUUUCCAUGAAACGAAACCUUCCGAGCAGACUGGCCAGAUCAAGGCUGCUGGUGGCUUGAAGCGCGACCUUUGCCCCAGGUGUUUUGUAGAGGGCAACUUCCCGCAAGGCACAUCCUCAGCCGACUUCACAAAGAUCUCCAACCCGGAGAACUCAGCAGCGGCCGAGACGGAAGAGAAGUGGACGGAAGAGGAGACUCUUUUGCUACUCGAGGGCUUGGAGGAGUUUGACGAUGACUGGAACCGUGUUGCCGACCACGUCCAGACGAAGACACGCGAGCAGUGCGUGAUGAAGUUCCUGCAGCUCGAGAUUGAGGACAAGUACAUCGAGGCGGAUCUACCAGAGUCACAAUCGGCAGCUCCUUCAACCAAAUUCUUGCGCGAUCUGGAAUACCUCAGCGAGGGCCGUGUACCCAUCCACCACGCCGACAACCCGAUUCUCAGCGUCGUCAGCUUCCUAGCGGGUCUUGCUCCCGCAAACGUCACAGAGGCAGCGGUAGCGUCGGGGCGCAGUGUCGGCGAGAUGAAGCGCAUCCUUCAAGAGAAGAUCAACAAAGCCCCAACCGCACCAUCAGAGAAGGGCAAAGAGAAGGAAGGCGAGCAGUCUACACCCGCAGCGACCGCCUCAGACAUGAAGCCAGAAGGCGGCGACGCUAUGGACGUCGACCCCUCUGCCGAGUCCACUGCCGUAGCCACACGGGAAUCCGACUCGUCCUCCAACCCCAACCCUCUAGCCACCCUCCCCUUCGCCCUCUCCGCAGCCCGUUCCUCAGCACUAGCCUCGCACGAAGAACGCCACAUCACCCGUCUCGUCUCCGGUGCCGUAAACCUCCAACUCCAAAAGCUACAGCUCAAGCUCGCUCACUUCAACGACUUCGAGAAGCUCCUCUCCGCCGAACGUCGCGAUCUGCAACGCCGCCGCCAGCAGCUUUUCAUGGACCGCCUCAACUUCCAGAGGAGAGUCCGCGCUCUGGAAGACGCUACCAAGCGCAUCAGCAGCUCCAUGGGCGGCCAGGGUCUGCCCGGCAGCAUGAGCAACGAAGACGCUGUUCAGGCGCUAACGGAAGCCAUGCGCAUGUUCGGCGUAGGCAAAGGCGAGGACAGCAUGGGCGUCAAGCGCGACAGCGUCGACGCUGGUGUUGCUCAGCCCCUUGCCGAAGGCGCAGAGGGCUACAGCAAAGUAGAGAUUUAG